ACAAAAUGGCAGCCUCCAUAGCGGCGUUAAUUGACAAUUUACCUAUCAGCGAAAAUAAACUGGAAAGUUUAAAUGAUCUAAAAUCACUACUAGGCAACUUACCUAUUCAUUCACUUGGGUCAAUUGUUGCUAAUGUGUCUUUUAAUAGUGUAUUCGACUGUCUGUCAACUGAUAAUCUGGAAGAGAUUGAAGUGUGCUGUGAUGUGCUGAAAAAGCUAUUGACCCCUGUGCCAGCGCAGCAUGUUCUGACACAAUUCCCAGCUGAACUUCAUGCUGGACUGAAACAUGAUGAAAUACCAGUCAGAAGACUCUGUCUGGCUGAGGUGUUGCGUGUGAGCGAGAACUGUUGUGAGGAACUGAUGGUCAGGGAGGAGGUGGUCAUUGCAGUCGUCAGGGCUCUUGCUGACCAGUCACUCGAGGUCGCCAAAUGUGCAGAACGUGUACUCACAAAUCUUGGCCUGAGGGAGGAUGGUCUUGCAGUGUUGUAUGGAGGAGACGUCAUGUCGUCCCUUCAGGAAGUUCUUGCCAGCAAUGAUGUUAUCCGCUUCCGCGUCUAUGAGACAAUAGUAGCAAUAUGCCGCCAGUCGGACAUGGGCCUGCAGAGAAGCUCCGAGAGUGGCCUUGUACAACACUUCCUCAAUGAGCUACACAAGGAUGACAUUCUUGUGCAACUCAACUGCCUCGAACUACUCUCAGAUCUGGCUACCACCGAGCAUGGUCUGCUGUACCUGGAUGGGCGUGGAGUGAUGUCCAGUCUGGAAACCAUGAUGACCAAUGUUCAGUCUGACCCACUGGCCACAUUUCUCGUCCCUGGCUUGAUGAAGUUCUUUGGUUGUGUGGCCAGGCUACGACCCAAGGAGGUAUGCACGCGGAACGAGAUGUUUGUGACCACAGUAUUCGACAGUCUUACUGCUCCGGACAACCCGUCCAUGCGAAGUCUAGCUGUUCAGACUGUGGGCUUCAUUGGCAGCUCGGUGGAGGGAAAACUGGCUCUUGAAAAACUGGGGUCAAGAAUGGACAGUGGUGUGCGGUGUCUAGGGAAAACUCUGAGAGAAGGUCAGCAGGACGCCAAGGUCAUCGUGCUGCAGGCACUAACAUCUCUCCUCAAGCUUAAGGUGUCCGACCAGACCACAGAGCUACUCAAACUCACAGAGCACUGGUAUGGCCAGCUGGGGACCAACACAUUUGGUUACCUGAUGUCCCUGGCCGAGCAGCCCUUCCCCGACCUACGCAUAGCAUUACUCAUCCUCUUUGAGUCUCUAGCCUCCCAGCCUUGGGCACAGACCAUCAUGGCCAACCAUCCGGGCUUCCGGGAAUACCUGCUAAACCGAUCUACGGAGAAAACUAAAGAGUGUAAGGAGAAGAAGUACAAUGUUGUGUUGACACUGGCCAACUCCCCGACUGUGGCGGAGGUGUUCGGAAAUCCGUAUGUUGUACAGUUGAAGGUGUACUGUAACCAGGGACCGUUCUUCAUCAGAGUGCAAGCAGAAGUCGCAAUGGAAGGCGACUCUUAACCUGUGCCAUGUGUUUGCCUACAUAUACUUGACAUUCAUUCAGUUGUCUUGGUAAAAGCAAAUAUUUUUUAUUUAAGUGACUCUUUAAGCUCCUAUGUUCUGUUUCAAGUGUUUUGCUUUAAAAGUCUACACAGUUACUUAUCAAAAAUAAAAAAAAUGAAAAUUGUAUUAAAUAAGUCUUCUAGUGUCAAUCACUUGUAAGGUGGCACUUGAGUAAAUAUUUUUCCAGAAAAAUUGAAAGAAACAGUAAAUAAAGCAAAAACUUUGUUUUUUUCAGAAUUUUAAUAACAUGUAGAAGCAUUGUAUCAAAUACAUUUUGAGCUUUUUUAAGAAACAAAAAUGUUAAUAAGACAUGAUUUGACUUUUACUUUUUCAAAUACUACAAGUUCUAUAUGUGUGUAAGAUAUAUAUUGUGUACAAUCAGACUGUACAUUGCUGAGCUUGUCACUGGUCAUUGUAUUGUUAUUAUAAUAAAGUCGUAAAACGCC